AUGUCCACCAAACGCAUCUCCAAGGAAUUCGCCGAAGUCUCCCAAAACCCCCCCGAAGGCUUCACCAUCACCCUGCCCCCCUCCGCCUCCCUCCACACAUGGCACAUCGUCCUCACCCCGCCCCCCUCGUCGCCCUUCCACCCAGGCCGCUUCGGCAUCAUCCUCACCCUGCCCACAGACUACCCCUUCAAGCCCCCCGUCGUCAAGUUCAUCACCCGCCUCUACCACCCAAACGUCACAAACGACUCCCUCGGCAACGUCUGCCUCGGCAUCCUCAAGCCCGAGAACUGGAAGCCCAGCACAAAGAUCGCCGCCGUCCUCGAGGCCCUCCGGAACCUCAUGAUUGAGCCCCAGCCCGACGACCCGCUCGAGGAGAGGAUCGCGGACGAGUACCGCAACGAUAGGCCCGCGUGGGAGGCCAAGGCUAGGGAGCUUGUCAAUCGCUUUGCUUUGGAGGAGCCCGUUUUCCCGGCGUCGUAG